UAUAUAUUUUGGGGUAAUAACAGUGUAAAUGUAAGGCAUAUGCCAAUACAAGAGACUGACUUUCAAAAAUAAACCUACUUUAAGAAAUAUUUACCAGAGUGAACACUGUGAAAACUAGCCCUGGUUUAUUCCUCCAUUUAUAAAUUUAGCAUGAGUUUGAAUCUGCAAAACAUGCAUCUGCAUAUUUAAAGCAAAUCAAGAAGGAAAUUGUCAUUUGUCCAAAUAUCAUUAUGUCUUAGAUAUUAUCUCUUUUUCAUUCAAGGAAGAUUUUGCAGAUGAUUAUUCAGCAUAUGUUACACUACUGUUCACCUGCUGUGUAGUUGUUUUUUCCCCCUGAUAUUCUGACAGUGUACCAUGAAUGUGGAUUCUCUCAGGCAUCAAAAGGAGAUCUAAGGUUCCCGGUGUUAUGAUUACACAGUACAUUGAGGAACUUCCUGAGGGGAUGACAACUCCAGACUUCACACGUAAACCCAUCGCUUUAACCAUUCAAGAAGGAAAACUAGCCAUUUUUAAAGCCAAAGUGAUUGGAAACCCAGCUCCCACUGUAACCUGGUAUAGAGCAAAAGGAGAAAUGAAUGAUCCCCAAAAGUUUCAGAUCAAAUAUGACCCCACAACUAAUGAACACACUUUGGAGAUACCUAAAGUCAGUGGUGAUGAAGUCGACACUUACAAAUGCUAUGCCUUCAAUGAAUAUGGGAAAGCUGUUUGCACCGUUGUCCUAAAUGUCAUUGAAGUUGGAUUCAAAAAGGAAAAAGAAAUGCAAAAGGCUGAAGGAACUACAGCAGGUGACCCAACAGAGUUUAGAAAGAGACUCAGGAAAAGUGCUGGUAAAAAAGCUGAGGAGAAAAAGGAAGGUGACAUUGACGACUCUGUAUGGGAGUUGCUGCUGAGUGUAGAGAAGAAAGAAUAUGAACGCAUUUGCAUCGAGUAUGGCAUCACUGAUUACCGUGGCAUGCUGAAGAAACUGGUUGAGAUGGAGAAGGAAAGAGAAGAGGAGCAGGCACAGUUCAUCCACCAUCUCCGUAAUCUCAAGCACAUUGAGGUGAAAUCUGAGGAUGCUGCAACCUUUGAACUGGAAAUGGACCUCAAAGACCCUAACAGUCGCAUUUUUCUGUAUAAGGACGGUGUCAUGAUUCCAUACAGCAAAGACGUUGAAGGCGAAAUGAAGCACUGUCUAAAACAAGUUGGCAAGAAGUAUAUCUUUACUGUUAAAAAUCUCAAUCCAGAAGAUGCCGGAAUCUAUCAAGUGGAUGUUGAGGGUGUCAAUAUCUUUUCAACUGAUUUCAAGGUUCCCCCCGUGGAUUUUGCCCUGAAGAUUAAGGAGGUGACGGCCCAAGAGAGAGAGGAUGCCAUCUUUGAGUGUGUUUUAACUCAGCCCAUUAGUAAGAUGGUUUGGACCCUAAAAAAUACACCUCUCUUUAACAAUGAGAAAUACGAUAUUACGUGUUCAGAAGAUAAACUGAUCCACAGUCUGAGAAUUAUUGAUUGUAUGCCUUUGGAUGCUGGAAUCUAUGCUGCUAUAGCCGGCAUUAGAUCUUGCAGUGCUUGGCUGAUUGUAGAAGCUGACAAAGAUCCUGCAACAAAGGGGAAGAAGAAAACCCGUAAAACCACUCAGGCAGGUGGUUGUGGUGAAGACUUGCUGAAGGUUGCUGCUGAGCAGGCAGAGAGGAACAAAAAGGAAAUAGCAGAAGCUUUGGGGGCAGCUAAGAAAUUCCAGGCUGAAAGAGAGGCAGCAGAAGCUGAAGCUAAAGCUAGAUCUGCAGCUGAAUCCGAAGCAGCAAAAGUGGCAGCACAGGUGGCAACAGCUGCUGCGGUCGCAGCUGCUGCUAAAGCUGCACAGGAUGCUUUUGCCGCAGCAAAAGCCAAAGGUAGAUCUGAGGGUGAAGCUAAAGCCGCAGCAGAAGCAGCUGCACAAGUCGCAGCAGCUAAAGCUAAAGCUAGUGCUGAGGAGGAGGCCAGGAAGCAGGCUGAAUUCAAGGCCUUAAGUGAAGGUCUGUGUGCUGAGCAAGCAGCUGCGGCAGGGGCAGCAGCAGCUGCUGCAAUGAAUGCACAGGCAGCUGCUGUGGCAGCAAGUCUUGGGAAGGCUGGAGCUGCAGGUGGAGUUGGGGGUGGUGCUGCAGAGGCGGUAGGAUCAGUAUGGGCUGCAGGAGCUACAGGUACUGGAGAAGCUGGAGGAGCCACAGGAGCUGGAGCAGCCGGAGGAGCCACAGGAGCUGGUGGAGCCACAGGAGCUGGAGGAGCCAGAGAAGCCACAGGAGCUGGUGGAGCCAAAGGAGCAGGAGGAGCUGGAGGAGCAGCAGGAGCUGGUGGAGCCAUAGGAGCUGGAGGAGCCAGAGAAGCCAAAGGAGCCGGAGGAGCUAGUGGAGCCGCAGGAGCUGGAGGAGCCAGAGGAGCCACAGGAGUUGGAGGAGCUGGUGGAGCUGGAGGAGCUGGUGGAGCCAGAGGAGCCACAGGAGCUGAUGGAGCCGCAGGAGCUGGAGGAGCUGGUGGAGCCGGAGGAGCUGGAGGAGCCAGAGGAGCCACAGGAGCUGGAGGAGCUGGUGGAGCCGCAGGAGCUGGAGGAGCUGGUGGAGCCAGAGGAGCUGGUGGAGCCACAGGAGCUGGUGGAGCCACAGGAGCUGGUGGAGCCGCAGGAGCUGGUGGAGCCACAGGAGCUGGUGGAGCCACAGGAGCUGGAGGAGCCAGAGGUGCAGCAGGAGCUGGUGGACCCACAAAAGCUGGAGGAGCCAGAGGAGCCGCAGGAGCUGGUGGAGCUGGAGGUGCCAGAGUAGCUAGAGGGACUGAUGGAGCCGGAUGUGCCGGAGGAGCUGGAGGGGCUGAUGGAACUGGAGGAACCAGUGGAGCUGGUGGAGCUGGAGGAGCUGUUGGGGCUGGAGGAGCUGGAGCUUCUGGUGGGGCCGGAGGAGCUGGUGGUUCUGGAGGAAGCGGUGACGAGGAAGGAGAUGGAGGAGACAAGAAGCGUCAAAGAGCAGGACCUCUUGUACCAGAGACUGUCUUAGGAAACUCAAACAUGCACAGCACAGUUCCAGAUGUGAGCAUGGAGCGGUGUAAGCAAGAAGGGGAAGCCGAGGGCUGUACUCGUGUAAGACAAGCCCCACUGAUGCCAGACACAGUGACUGGUGGUGGUACCCCAUCAGACAAAGAAAAAACAUCAGGGUAUGGCAAGCCAUCAGGUUCCGGUAAUCCAUCAGGUUCAGGAAACCCGUCAGGUUCUGAAAAUCCUUCAGGUUCUGGGAACCCAUCUGGAUCUGGUAACACGUCAGGUUCUGGCAGCGCUUCAGGUUCGGGGGACCCACCAGGCCCCGGAAAGCCACCAGGUCCUGGAGGGUCAUCAGAGGGCAGCACUGAAGCUACAGAGGAAGAAAAAGAAGCUGAAGAUGAAAAGGAUGCGUCAGCUAAAGCUGGCAAGCAUUCAGGCUGUAAAAAACAAGGCCCACAGGUUCUGGAGACAGCUGCUGAUCCUGGUGUUCACUUUUCUGCUGGGCUGGAAGACUGCAAAGCUAUUGUGGGAGAAGCAGCUGAACUGGUUUGCAAACUUAGCAGUGCUGACUGUAAUGGCACCUGGUCCAAAGAUGGCAAUGCGAUUACUGCCUCCACUGAAGGUAUAACUAUCAGUAAAGAGGGAGCUAUUCACAAACUGAAAAUUGCCAAAGUAACAGAUGAAUUUGCUGGGAAAUAUCGAUUUGAGGCUGAUGGACGUAAAACCGAAUGUGUGAUUGCUGUUGAAGAUCCACCAAGAUUCAGUGACAAGGAAAUUGAGUCAUUUACAAAACCAAUUGUGACCAAACGCAAUCAGAAAGCCUCCUUCAAAAUUCCAUUUAUUGGCCGUGAGCCAUUCAAAGUCCAGUGGUACAAAGAUGGUGAAGAGCUCACACCAGACUCUCACUGCAAGAUUGAGAUUUCAGAGGGUGAAAGCCGUCUGCUUCUCACCAAACUACAGCGCAAAGACACCGGGGAAAUAAAAAUCAAAGUCAAAAAUGAGUUUGGCACAGCUGAAGCUAUUUCUAAUCUAAUUGUACUUGAUAAACCAACCCCCCCACUUGGACCACUGGAGAUCAUUGAGGCAUCAGCCAACUGCAUUGAGAUCAAGUGGAGACCACCAAAAGACAGUGGUGGUUGCCCUAUUAAACAUUACAUACUUGAGCGUAACCAAAUCGGACGCAACACAUGGAAAAAGAUAGGCCAGAUCCCAGGUGAAGCUCACUACAGAGACAGCGAUGUUGACCAUGGCAGGAGAUACUGUUAUCGUAUUAGAGCCGAGACUGAUGAGGGCAUCAGUGAACUGAUGGAGACUGAGGAUGUGCAGGCUGGCACUAAAGCAUAUCCUGGUCAGCCAUCUGCUCCUAAAGUAGCCAGUGCCUUCAAAGACUGCAUUAACCUGACAUGGAGUCCUCCGACCAACACUGGAGGAACCAGUAUUUUAGGUUAUAACUUAGAGAAACGCAAGAAGGGCAGCAACUUGUGGGGCCAAGUCAAUCCAACAGAUCAACCAAUCCAAGCAAAGAAAUAUGCUGUAAAAGAUGUAGUUGAAGGAAUGGAGUAUGAGUUCCGUGUGUCAGCCAUCAACGUAUCCGGAGCUGGUGAAUCAAGUAAUCCCUCAGAAUUUGCGUUUGCAAGAGAUCCCAAAAAACCCCCUGGUAAAGUCAUUGACCUUAAAGUGACCGACUCAACCUACACUACCUUAUCCUUGUCUUGGACCAAACCAAAAGAAGUGCCUUGUGUUCAGGAUGAGGCUAAGGGAUACUUUGUGGAUGUCAGGCCUGCUGAAAACACAGAAUGGGAUCGAUGCAACACAAAUGCCAUCAUCAUGACCUCUUACACCGUAAAGGGACUGAAAUCAAUGGCCAUGUAUUGGGUUAGAGUGAUCGCCAUCAAUGAAGGUGGAGAGGGUGAGCCACAGGAGCUGAACAACUAUAUCUUGGCUAUGCCUCCUCCAGUGAGACCGAGAUUCACAGAUUCUAAGAUUAAGAGCUUCAUGGUGGUCAGAGCUGGAAAUUCUGCACGAUUCAACAUCAACUUUGAGGCUUCUCCAAGGCCUGAUGUCAUCUGGCUUAAAGAUGAUAUCCCUGUGUCCAAACGUGUCACUAUUAGCAAUGCUGAUGGAGGUUCUCAGAUCCUGAUCCCAUCUGCAGAUCGCUCCGAUACAGGAAUCUAUACCAUCAUUGUCAAGAAUGUUGUGGGACAAGAGACCUUCAGUAUUGAGAUUAGAGUUACAGACGAGCCAAAGCCCCCAGGCCCAAUAGUGUUGGAUGAGAAUGUUCCGGGCACGGUGACAGUUUCCUGGGAACCAUCCCCAGACGAGAAACGUGAUGAUCGCUUGCAUUACGUGGUGACCAAGAGAGACUCGAGCAAGAGGUCCUGGCACACUGUAGCAGACCGUAUCUUUAACAACCGUUUCACAGCCUGUAACAUCAUGCCAGGGAGAGAAUACCAGUUCCGUGUGUGCUCCAAAAAUGACAUUGGCCUGUCUGCCCCUUCGGAGUCACCAAAAUGGCUAAUCACAUGCAAGAAAGAAAAAUUCACACUGAACAUCCCAGAGUCCAAGACCUGCAACUUGGAGAGUACUCCAAGGUUUAUGGUUCCCCUAAAAAUCCACACAGCCCCACAAGGCUACGAGUGCUACAUGAGCUGUGCCGUGAGGGGCAACCCCACACCCCACGUCAUAUGGUACCACAACAACGUCAGCCUUAACACUGACACCAACUACCUCAUCACUAACACCUGUGGAGUGUGCUCCAUGCUCAUUCUCAGGGUUGGAGCCAAAGACAUGGGAGAGUAUAAAGUCAUAGCUGAGAGCUCACUGGGAAGAGCAGAAUGCAGCACCAAUCUCACAGUGAGAGAAUAAAACCUUGACGUGGGGAGGAUGUCAAAAAUGCAGCUUGCAAAUCAUUGUGGAAAUGUCUCUCUCUCUCUCUUUUUUUUAUUACUUUAGGCCCUUUGUAGAACUAAAGCAUUGAGUAUUUUUGCAGAAAGAUGACUCAUGGAAAUGCUACACAUUGUAUGACCUUAUAAAACUUUGUAUUGUCUUAAUGUGUUUAAUAGAACAAAAAUCUAAAAAAAAAAAAAAGAAAAGAAAACACUCUGUGUUGUGCUGCAUGGGUUGCAGAUGUAUUGUACUUGUACACAAUUUAAUUCAUUAAUUUAUUUAUUCUUGGCUUUUGUGUACGUACCCUGCUCUUUCACUAAUUCAAUUACACACAAAAAAGUGCAUACUACUGAUUUCUCGCAUCCAUUUUUCAUUUGAUUUUUGUCUUGAAAUGCUAACAUAUAAAAUAAGCUUUUGCUUCUUCAGAUAUCCUUUAUAAACAAAAAUUGUUUAGUGUAAAUAAAAUAUUGAGGUUC